GUGAUUCUCUCUUCUUGCCUCCCUCUUUUUAUACAGCCUGUGUUUACAGCCCCAGCGUCUAAGGGGGAAUAUACACUGCAUGUGUGUGUGUGUCUCUGUGCGUGUUUGUUUGCAUGUGUGUGUUCAGCUACAUCCCUGUUUGGAGGGUCCACUUGUGUCAAGGCAACCGGAGGGGGAAGGAGAAACCCUCCCGCCGGCUCUUCCUCUUCGCCUUGCGGCUGGAGGAAUUCCUUCGACACAAUGGCCGGACUCAGGGGCCGAGGGCCAAUUGUUCGGCCCUACUGUACCCUCCACCGCAAGGCGGGGAUUGGAAGCAGGGGGAGUGUGGGGAAGAGAUCAGGGAGAUGCCAAGGGGAGUGGGAAAGGGAGCCCUACUUUGCUGGGAUGGUUUUCCUUUUUGCAGAUUUGUUUAAAAACAUCCCUGCACAGGAUGGGGGUGUUGAAAAGGGGGGAGGAAACAAUUCUUUUUUUAAAAAAUAUAUUUUUAUUUCUUUUAAUUUAAUUGUUGAUUAUUAUUUUUAAAAUUUGCAUGGUUUUAAGUAAAGGAGGGGGGCAUCUCUCUCUGUAUCUCUCUCUCUCUUUCUCUGUGUGUCUCUCCCUGUUGGGCAUCUGUCUCCCAGCUGGGGGAGAAAAAAAAACUUCUGGAGGUGGGUGAGACGCGGUGUCAAAACUUUUUGCGGAGGAGCGGAAUGGAUGACUUUUGUGAAGGGCUCCUGGCGUCGUCGGCUCGGAGGUGCGGCCGUGAUUUGUGAGGUGCGGAGGGCCGGCUCCUGACACUCCCAAAGCAGAGAGGGAGAGAAAUGGCUCCGGGAGGGGAGGGGGAAAGCCAGAAGGAAGCCCCCAGGACCAGGCAGGCGGAGGAACCCAGCCAAGGCCGGCAAAAGCAGCAGCAUCAUCAUCAGCAGAAGAAGCAGCAGCAGCAGUCUCCGCCGCCAGAAGCAGGCAGGCACAAAAAAACUACACAUACACACACACUUAUAUAUACACCUCGGUAUCAGUAGAGAUUAGGAGGCAAAAGGGGACAGGGCGAGGGCGGGCGGGCAGAGAUAGCCAUCCCCCCCUUUUUAAGGGAAAAAAAGUGUAAAUAAUGCCUUUCUGGCCCCCAAUGAGGCGUUCCUUCCCGACUUUUUUGGAUCAAUCAAACAGACAGUGGCUUCUUUUGAUUAAAGCCCAAAUUGUCAUUGGGCAGAGGCAAUCAUGUGACAGCCAAUUCGGUCCAAUUUCAACCUUGUCUCCAUGAAUUCAAUAGUUUAAUAGUAGCACGGUCCCCAUACGGCUGUAAUCAGUGAAUUAGAAAAAAAACACCCCACCAGCGAUCUUCUAUGAUAUUUUUUCCCUUCCUUUUCUCCCUCUCUCCCUCUUUUCUCUCCCUCUCUCCCUCUCUCGCUUUUCACCCCCCUCCCUCUUUUCUCCCCUCUCUCCCUGGGCCUUGCUCCCCCCUCCCCCUCCCAGAAGCGCUAAAUAAGAGGGAACUUUUUCUCCAAGGGGGCUGCGAGUUGAAGGCCAUGAAUUUCGAAUUUGAGCGAGAGAUUGGUUUUAUCAAUAGUCAGCCAUCGCUCGCUGAGUGCCUGACAUCUUUUCCCCCUGUCGGUGAUACAUUUCAAAGUUCAUCAAUCAAGAACUCGACGCUUUCACACUCGACACUGAUUCCUCCUCCUUUUGAGCAGACCAUCCCCAGCCUCAACCCAGGCAGCCACCCUCGCCACCAACACCACCAACACAGCAACGGCAGCCGCCCCAAGCACAGCCCCAAUGGCAGCGGCGGGAGCCCUCUGCCAGCCGGCGUCCUCCAGCCUCCGGAGUACCCCUGGAUGAAGGAGAAAAAAGCCUCCAAGAAAACCUCCCUGCCGCCGGCUUCGGCCUCCGCCCCGGGACCAGCUUGCCUGAGCCACAAAGAAUCUCUGGAGAUCUCCGAAAAUGGGACCGGGGGCUCGAGGCGGUUGAGGACAGCUUACACCAACACGCAGCUGCUGGAGCUGGAGAAGGAGUUCCACUUCAACAAGUACCUCUGCCGACCCAGGAGGGUUGAGAUCGCCGCUCUCUUGGACCUGACGGAGAGGCAAGUCAAAGUCUGGUUUCAGAACCGACGGAUGAAGCACAAGAGGCAGACCCAGUGCAAGGAGAACCAGAACAGCGAAGGGAAAUUCAAAGGCGGCUUAGAGGACUCGGAGAAAGCCGAGGAGGACGAGGAGGAGGAGGAGGAAGAGGAGGAGGAGGAGAAGUCCCUCUUCGAGCAAGCCCUCAACAAUGUCUCGGGUGCCCUUGCAGAGAGGGAAGGCUACCCUUUCCAGCAGAGUGCCCUCACGCAGCCCCAGGUCCACAAUGGAGAGCCCCCCACUUUCCCAGUGUCCCCUUUGGCCAGCAAUGAGAAAAAUCUGAAACAUUUCCAGCACCAGUCACCCACUGUUCCCAACUGCCUCUCAACAAUGGCCCAGAACUGUGCCGCUGGCCUCAACAAUGACAGUCCGGAGGCCCUGGAGGUCCCUUCUUUGCAGGACUUCAGCGUUUUCUCCGCAGAUUCCUGCCUACAGCUCUCCGAUGCCGUCUCCCCCAGUUUGCCAGGCUCCCUCGACAGUCCUGUAGAUAUCUCGGCUGACAGCUUUGACUUUUUUACAGAUACACUCACCACAAUUGACUUGCAGCAUCUGAAUUACUGAAAAAAUAACAGACCUUCAUUCGCCAGGGGUUAUGCUUUCUGAUCCUUUUUCCCCCUGUCCCCCACCUUUCUCCCCCACUUUUAGUCUCUCUGGACAAUCCCCAACACACAAACAUACACAGAGAUCUUUGCUUUUGGGCCUUUUCCUUUCCUGGUCGGUAUUUUCCCCUGUUUAUUCUUCCUAUCCCGAUGUGUUGGAGAUCCGUUUUGCAGUUUUUCCUUCCCUUUAUGCCAUCCUUAGUUGUGUUCGGUUUAACCUAGCCACAUUCUAGGUCCUUCUACGAAAGCAAUAUAUAAGGCCUGUGAGAAAGUGAUCAUAUCGAAUUGUAUCUUCACUUUCUUUUUAUUUUUGUAUUACAUUAGGAUGCGUUGUCAUAAGUAUUUUUGGUAGAAUAAAUUCUUGUUUGCUACAA